UGGUUGCCCAAGCUUCUCUUCACAAAGAGGAAAUGGCCAAUUUUGAUGGAAUACUUAAAAAAAUGCAGUCAACAUGAGGUGGUUAAAAAGGCCUUUACAUUUGAAGAAGCAGAAAUCAACAAAUUUCUGCGGGAAGGCAAUAACCACAAUGCUUGGAUCCUUGUCCGCAAAGCAAUUGCAGUUGUCGCCAUUUGUGGGGGGCACAGAAUGGCUGAAUUGCGUCGACUCACAUUUGAUGAUGUUUCGCAAGUCUCUAAUGGUUUUGUUGUGCAGUACCAACACUUCAAAAAGAGUGGCCUAAAGCGAAUUCAUUCCAGUUACUUGAUACCCUAUCGAGGGGACAAAAGUGACGAAAUUUGUUACGGAACAAUCCUAAGGACAUACAUUGAGGCCGUGAAUGAAUCGCUUCAGAAAAAACCUCACAAGUCCAAGCCUCUAUUCUUCACCGGAAAAAAUGAGACUAAGAAAGGGUGCGUUUUUUUGAAUUCUCCAGUUGGAAUCAACACGCUGGCUGAUACUGGAAAGAAAAUCGCAAGUUGGCUUGGUCUGCCAAACCCUGACGGUUAUACGGGUCAUUGCUUUAGGCGGACGGCUGCUUCCCUUGCAGCUGAUAAUAAUGCUUCGUGUCUUCAAAUGUCGACUCAUUUUGGUUGGCGAAAUCCCAAAAUUGCUUUGGAAUAUAUUUCAAACGCAAGGCCUCAGAGAAACAAAAUGACGAUACUUAUUUCCGGAUAUAGCUCAUCAAAUGCCAAGACUGACCCUACGCAGGAAAAUGAACAAAAGGCCGUGGGGCAAGAGGACCCAUUGUCUACGGAUCAGAUUGAUGACGAAGAGGUUGGACUCUUUGUGGAAAAUGUCGAUGAUGAUGAGUAUGAACCCUCUACGGAAAAUGUCGAUGAGGAUGAGAAUCCACUCGCUGUGGAACAUGUCAGUGAGGACAAAGAUGCGUCAUCUUUGAAACGGUUGAAUGAUGGAGAGGAUGCUGCUUGUAAACGGUUGUGUAUCGACAAUAUGAACGGUUAUACCUUGAACUUCAAUUUCUUUUAAUUGAUGUUUUUUCUUGGAAACUAAUUUAAAGUCAAUGAAAUAAAGUUUCUGACAGUGGCA